AUGAAGGCCGGAGCAGCUGCCCUGGCAGCCGGGAUCCUCGGGGGCACCGGGGUGCUGCUCUUCCUCAUCGCCUUUGGCACGGAUUAUUGGCUGCUGGCCACCGACACCUGCGGGGUCCUCGAGCAUGGGAACGGCACUCUGAGCACCGCCGGGGCUGAAGCUCCAACAGAGGCUGGGAAUGAGAUCCUCACUUUCCACCACGAGGGUUUCUUCUGGCGGUGCUGGUUCUUUGGUGAGGGCCACCCUGAGAGCAUCUGGACCUUCUGGUACACCAGCCAAGCCCACCCCAAGUUCUGCAUGCAUGGCUACCUCUUCCCCAUGCCCAUUGCUGUGGGACCUUUCCCCCAUCCCUCCUAUGACACAACUGCAGUGUACAGAGGAUUUUGGACGGCGUUCAUCCUGCUGGCCGUGGCUGCUGGGCUCGUGGGGGGGCUCCUGCUGGUCUGUGGGGUUCCCUUCUCCAGCCCCCACUCCUACAAAGUUGGGGGAGGAUUCCUGCUGCUCUCAGGAGGUUUGUUUCUCCUGCUCGUGUUUCUCUUUGUGAUGUGGAAGGAGUUUGCAGCUGACUUCCAGAGGUACAUCCUCCUGGAGAGGAGCGAGAGGUGCCUGGAUGGUGUCCCCGUGCACGUCUACUACGGCUGGUCCUUCAUGUUCGCCGCCGCCGGGGUGCCCCUGGCGCUCCUCUCUGGACUCCUCUUCUUCCUGGUGGGCAGAGACAUUAUGGAUUCCCUGCAGUAAGACAAGUGUGGAAAAGGCUUUGAGAAAAUUUGGUGAUGCUCCUGGUAAAGAAACACA